AUGCUCCCCUAUCAUUUCCUCAACAAGAUUGGUUCAACUGCCGCAGAUUUGACCGAUUUGGAUUGGUCUUGCGACGUUUGGUCUUUUGGAUGUCUGAUGUUUGAGAUGAUGUCCGAUGGAUAUAAUAUGCCUUGGGCAUACGAAAAGAAAAAACUCGAAAACAAGAAGCAACUCAAGGACUUCUUAAGCGCGGAUAAACCAGUUAUGACGAUGAUUGAGGCAGAAGCACCAACAAACACCGAUGACAGGAGUUUUUUUUAUGAACGAUCCAAACUCCCGAUUCUACAACGUGUAAGCAAAACGGCCUGGUGGAAAGGCUGCGAUCACCUUGGUCACGAA